AUGUAUAAGGCUCCUCCUCAUUACAAGUUCGACUACGGAGUACACGACUCCCACACCCACGACGUCAAGAAGCAGGAAGAGACCAGGGAAGGAGACGUGGUCAAGGGCUACUACUCCCUCUACGAACCCGAUGGUACCGAGAGGAUCGUCCACUACACAGCAGAUCCUCACAACGGAUUCAACGCCGUCGUAGAGAGGAGAGGACAUGCUGUCCACCCUCAGCAUUACGGACACUCCUCUGAGGCUUACUACGGACAUUCUGGAGGAUACUCUGGCUACUCAGGUUCUUCUGGUGGAUACUCAGGAUCCUCUGGCGGAUACUCUGGUUCAUCUGGUGGAUAUUCAGGAUCAUCAGGUGGAUACUCCGGUGGUUCAGCAUCAUCGACAUAUCACAGCAGUUACUAA